GCCACACCGCAGGUAUGGCACCGCCUCCAUUAUUGAAGAGCUUGACCUCUGACCCACAUUCAGCUCAGCCUGGAGCUGCGCUCUGAUUGGACGGCGGCCUUGGCUCGGGAGGGCGCCCGCGUGGACGCGCCCGACCCGUGUUUCCAGGAGACUCUCACAUGUGCCCGCGCACACUCGUACGCCCGGCCUGUGCUCCUUGAACGCGCGCGCGCGUAAGGGUUAGAAAUCUGUAUCGGGCGUGCUCGCCGGUGGAAUGCGCGCGCCCUCUCUCUCUCUGUAGCUCAGUGAAGAUCAGCUCUGACGAUGAUGAUGAUGAUGAUGAUAAAAUGUAGAAGGUUUUUAUUUGAACUUGUUUUGUUGUAGAUUAUAAUCCAGAUUGAGGAGGAUUUUUCUCUCAUAAUCUUUUUUUCUUCUUCUGUUUCUUCUCCGUGAGGAUGAAAUCGUCGCGUUUUCACGCAGUGGACAAACUUCAUGUUUACAUUUAAAUGCUGACAGUUUUGUUUUUUUUCUUUAAUCUUGGUUAUUUUUUUGAGGACUGGAAUCCAGAUGAUGUUUUAAUCCUGAAUUGACAGACUGACUUCAUCUUUUCCAUCUUCAUUAUUCCUUUAUAUUUUUCCCUCUUUUAAAAAGGAAUGUGUUUUCAGUCGUGACUCAGGCGGAUUACAGCUGAUUUUUCUCCCUCUCUCUCUCUGGAUUAUAUGCCCGUGUACAUGUGUGUGUUCGUGGAGGAGAGUCGUCACAGGUUUAUAUAAGCAGCAGCAGCAGCAGCAGCAGCGCCGUCAUGUACGCAGGACGCAAGAGGAGAAAACCUGUGCAGAGAGCGGUGAAGCCGCCUCCAACUGAAGGGUCCAAAUCCAACCCGUCCAAGCGGCACAGGGACCGGCUGAACGGCGAGCUGGAGCGUCUGGCCAGUCUACUUCCUUUUCCCGAGGAAGUGACCGCCAGUUUGGACAAGCUCUCCAUCCUGCGCCUGAGUGUCAGCUUCCUGCGGACCAAGAACUUCUUCUCUGUCACCCUGAACAGUCGGAACGGAGCGCCUCCAGCUGGUGGGAAUGAUGACAACAACAAAACCACAGGAGGGUCGGAGACCAAGAUCCCCGAGGGCGAACUGUUGCUGCAGGCUCUCAACGGUUUCGUGCUGGUCAUCACCGCCAGCGGAACCAUCUUCUACUCCUCUCACACCAUCCAGGACUACUUAGGAUUCCAUCAGACCGACGUCAUGCACCAGAGUGUGUAUGAACUGGUCCACACCGAGGACCAGCAGGAGCUCAGGAGAAACUUGCACUGGGCUUUGAAUCCCCCUCCUCCUCCUCCUCCUCCUGCUGCAGCUGCUGCCAUUACCCAGCACUCUCCACAAGAGAUGGAAACUGACAGCAGCUCAUCUGUGGUCACCUAUAAACCCGAACAACUUCCCCCGGAGAAUUCGUCCUUCCUGGAGAGGACCUUUGUGUGUCGCUUUCGCUGCCUGCUGGACAACUCCUCUGGCUUCCUGGCUUUGAACAUCCAAGGCCGGCUCAAGUUUCUGCACGGACAGAACCAGCGGCAUGACAACGGCGGGAAGGCCCCGCCGCAGCUCGCCCUCUUUGCCAUCGCGACUCCUCUGCAGCUCCCGUCCAUCCUGGAGAUCAGGUCCAAGAACAUGAUCUUCAGGACCAAACACAAGCUGGACUUCACACCCAUGGCCUGUGAUGCAAAGGGGAAGAUAGUGUUGGGGUACACAGAGGCUGAACUGCGGGUGCGGGGAUCUGGCUAUCAGUUCAUCCAUGCAGCAGAUAUGUUGUACUGUGCAGAGAACCAUGUCAGAAUGAUGAAGACUGGAGAGAGCGGUCUGACCGUUUUCAGGCUCCUCACCAAGGAGAACCGCUGGAAAUGGGUUCAGGCUAAUGCCAGGCUGGUGUACAAGAACGGCAAACCAGACUACAUCAUUGCCACCCAGAGGCCUCUCUUGGAUGAAGAGGGUGGAGAACAUUUGCGUAAGCGGUCCAUGCAUCUACCCUUUACUCACGCUACAGGUGAGGCUACGCUGUACCAGUGCGCACAUCCCAUUGCAGGGUUUGGAGAUGGAGGCAUUGAUAAAAAUGGCAGUAAGUCAAAGAAGAGUCGGACUGAAAGGCUGAUCCAGAGUGGUCUGGACCCCGGCUCCCUCCUGGGUGCACUUAUGAGUCAGGAUGAGUCUGUGUAUGUUUGUCAGCCUGCACUGGAGCCCAAGAUGUCCUUCCAUAGUAGCUUCUUUGCAGAGCAAAUGGGCUUCUCUGACCCCGAACCCUCCAGUUUCCACAGAAGCUGGGAUGAACGAGGCAAUGGUGUGUUGGAUCCGAGCAUCACAGAGCCAAACUCAAGCUUUGAUCCACUGUUGGCUACACUGGAUUCCCUUUCCUUGGAAGGCCAAGUGGUUGGGGAUGGGGAUCAGGGUGGUUGUUCAAACGGUGAGCUGUUUGGAGCUCUGGAGGGGUUAGGGCUGAGUGCUGAGGACCUGGAGCUGCUGCUGCUGGAUGAGCGGAUGAUCAGAGUUGAGAUGGACCCUGAACAUGUGCCCACCCUGGACGACCUGCUGACAAACGAUGAGAUCCUUUCAUAUAUCUACGACUCAAUAGAGGGAAGGAUUGAUUCCACAGAUCAUGAUGCAAAGGUGCCUAGUAGUAGUAUGGCCUCAGUGACAGCCACUACACUGUCACAUCCUGAAAGUAACCCCACCAAUGAAACUAAUGUUCAAAUGCAGUUUCCUCACCACAAGCCUCCUUUGCUGGGGCAGGCUCCGAUCAUCCAGCUGUCCCAGCAGAUGCAGCAGCACCUCAACAUGCGGACAAGAAAAGUGGCGCAUGACUGGGGCCAGCAGAGCGACCAUUUGGCUCACACAGUUGUUAGCGGAGAGCUGCUGGGGCAAAAUCCGCCUAUUUCCAAUGGACAGUGGUCAGCCCAAAACAGUUUAGCCAAUGUAGGGUUACAGCUGGAUCACUGUAACACCACACAGACUGUUUUUAAUGGUAAGGCCUCAGAGUUGGGCGGUGAGGGUCAUCAGCAGCUCAAACAUCAGCACUACCUUCAGCAGCAGCAGCAGCUCUCACAGCAAUGUCAUGCCAAGCAGAAGGCAGUCAAAAUCAAUGGACUGUGUGGCAAAUCCCAGUGGCAGGACUAUGGAUUCAGCGAGAGUCUGGGCAGAAACCCUUGCCUUGAUAACAGGCAAAAAUCUCUUACAAACACCUCACUGGAUUCCUGCAUGGAUUAUGGUAUGGCUGGGAUUAAAAACACAGAUUACACCUUCAGUGGAAGUGGUUCAUUUAGCGAGUCCAUGAUUCCGUCCUUCCAGGGGAUGAACCACAAACAGCAGCAGGAGCAGAUCCCUGUUCCUUUGGCCCAGGUCAUCUCCGGACUCUCACAGUGUCCUCCCCCCAACAACUCCCUGGAGCAGAUCCUCGGAGUGAGCAAGCCCUGCCGGCAACUAGACCAUUAUGGCAUGGUAACCUCAGAGAUCCCUCACGAUCCCAAUCAUAGCAAGAUGGAGAACGGCUGCAUCCUGAACGGCCCCUACCCUGGAGCCUGUGCUCUGCCUAAUGGAAAUGGGAAUGGAAAUGGAGCAGCGCCCUCUACUGUCCAAAUACCAGGCCCUGAGACUUUGCCGGGCCUCCUCGACCCACCAGCAACCGGCUUCUACCUCUGACUGGACCAGCCUUAUGAAACUAGAAACCAUGACAAACAAAACUGAAUAAACGUAGGCCUAUUUCCUUUUUCUUUUCUUUUUCUUCUUUUCUUUUUGCAGGAGAAGGUGAGUCACAUUAUCACACAAGUCUUUUGUUUACAAUAAUGCAGCGAAGUGUGAACGGAGAGGGUGAAGCUGAGUUCAGUUACAAGGCAAAGCACAAAUUAGCUGUGAUUUUUGGAUCAUUUUGAGCAUUUUUCAAACGAGAUACAAGUUGUGAUUCAUUUGUCGCACGGUCGAUCAAGGAAUAAGUUGAUCAAACAUGAUUUUAAGCUGAAUGUAAAUCCUCAAAAGUCAGGAAUUGGGUAUUUUAUUUGUCUUAUACUAAAGUCAGUAUACUAUCUUUGAGUUUUACACCAUUGGUUGGACAGAAAAAUAUAACUUGAAAGAAAGAAAACCGAAUUUCCUGGUAUUGAACUGAUUAAGAAAUCAAUUUUGUUUGUGGAAUAAAGUCGAUACGCAAGCACUAAAUCUGCUUUUAGGUGUUUUUCCUAAUCAGAUAUAUUCUGAAUUUGCUUUGCUUUGUAUCUGAAUGCACAGCACAACACUUCAUCCGCGUAUCUGUCAAUCCAGGUUUUUGGGAUUAUUUAAUUGCUUUUUUUUGUCAUGCAACAAGAAUGUAAUCUGUUACUGUUCGGUGGUUUACCUUGUUGAAGAGAUCUAUUCGUCAACAAUGAGAUUAUUUCAUAAAUGUUGAAAAUGACGGCUAGAAAUAUCCCGCACUUUAUUUCAAGCACCAACGUAAUGCAUACGUAUAGUCAGGGCACCGUGUUUGUACUUGUACUGUUUGUUGUUUAUCUUUGAAGUUGGACAUUUAUUUUUUUUAUUUCCUACGUUGAGGUACAUUGAAGGUUGUACAUUCAUGUCCUCACAAGCACAAAACUCCUGGACAACGCUAACCGUUUUUUUAUCUUUUGUCCUCUCGACUUUGCUGAUAACGUCGAAAGUCUUGGACGUCUGGAUUUCUUUAGGAUUAUAUUUUUUAAUAGAAGAAGUCACCUAGUUUUAAAUUUACUGUAUUUAUUUAUGUCCGACAGCAAGUUAACAAUCUGGAUUGUUUUGAGGUUAAUGUGUGAAGCAGGUUUUUGUACAAAAUUAAAAAUUAGUAAGAAUAUUCCACCAAUUUUUCUGGCUUAGCAGUGGUUGCAAUUGUUCUCCUGGGGAAAACCAACAAACCUUUUUUUAACAGUGAACCCAGAACUCAAAUUACAGGAAUAAAUGAAAGCUUUUUAUUUGUUCAUCAGUCAAAAUUGCUUAAAUUGGUCACACAGAUUUUAUUGUAUUUCAUAUAAUUUGUCAACUUUAGUUUGAAUGUUUGCUCAACCAUUUUUCACUGCUCUUUUUACAGUAAAUCAAAACCCAAAGCCAUGGCCAGUUUAAUUUGAUUUUGUUUUUUGUACACUAUAAAAAAAACCAUUGGUAAUAACAAAUUAAAUAUACUUCAAAUGAUAAUUAUGUUUCAAAAGGUAUGUUAUAUGAACUCAAACAUACUAUACUUACUUUUGUUUGAAUGAACAGAAUUACCAAUUUAAGAUGUUUGUUAUUUUUUGUUAUUUUCAAAGUGAAUCCAAACCCAAAACCAGACAAUUAACUGAUAUUUUUCAGAGGGAGUGAAAACUCGUGGAAAACGCAAACCUUCUCAUUCAUUUUGUUGUGUUUGUUGGUAAACAAAUCAUAUUUCCAACACAUGUUAGACUUUUCUGUCUAAAGUAGAAUAAUAAUUUUGUUUUAUAAUCUCAGUAAUUUCAAGUACAGAAUGAUAAACACUGAAAGAAACCAAAUGUGAGCGUAAGAAAGAGCGCCCCCUACAGGACGGACACAGCUCUGAAUGUUUCUUGUACAUAGUGAAAUGAUGCAGGGUAUAAAAACUUCACCAAGAAAUGAAAACGCUGAAAAGAGAUUCUCCAUUUUAUUGUUGGUAUGAAUUAUUAUUAUUAUAAUUAUUGUUAUUCUUGUUUAAAAUGUGACACACAUGGUUCCAUGUCGGUCAAAUUGUUUCUUUUCCUUUCAUUUAAAUGUUCCAUUGUAUGGCAGAAAUAUUUGCUAUAUUUAAUAUGGUUGUAAUAUGGUGACUCAUUAACAGUGUGGGCAGGUGGAGGGGAAGAUAAGGUUUGUACAUAGUUUUACGUCAAGUCACUCGUUUCCAGCACAAUUUUUUAAAAUCAUACUUAUCAAAGUCUUUCUUUUUACUUUUAAAUUGUAAAUAGUGUACUCAUCACAGGAAAACACUGGACUCUAUGACAGCCUGAAAAAUGGUGCCAUACAACUGGGACGACUUGUUGAAAAGACAGUUUUGUUUUUUUGUUAUUUCUGCUUAGCCACAGUGAUGCUAACGUGCUAACAGGACAAGGUGUAGAUGUUGUAGAUUUGACCCCGUGUCCUUCGACUGCUUGUUUCAAAUGUAUAAUUUUUCUUUGUCCUUUGAAAUAAAAGAGUUCUUCAGUCACAGUGAGAAACACAAA